UGUCAAGGACGAGUUGAUUGUUGCUGUUACUGGUGGUUAGGUAGGUGUGAUUAUAAGGAAUUUGCAAAUUGCAGUUGUGUGAAAGCUUGUUAUAUUUAUAAGAAGUUUAGGCAGUGUAUUCGUUUUUUCUAUUAUCAAAGGAUUUCUGAAUUGAUUCUAUUUAAAAUAAACUAAUUGAGACAUACUGAUCACGAGUCACACAUAUAGUCAAUAUAAUAACGCGAGCUUACAGCAGGAGACAACGCCCUUGAAGUUGAAUUGUAUGUGUGGAAACAUCGACACUUGAGUGAGGAAAAACUGUGCUAUCAUAACCAUGGAAACAUAUUCAGUGCAGGUUUCUGACGUAGAGUCCUGACGGUGAAGAAACAGAGUACCAGAAUACUCUUCCUCUACCCAGUUACAGAUUAUUGUGUGGUUGUUUCGAUGAGAAUAUGGUGUUUGAAACUGGACAGAAAAAUUGGCACAUCUAUAGUGGACAGAGACUAUUUUCCUGAGUCAUCUUAUGCGUGUUUAUGAAACAGUGUCGAAAUACGGAAGUUAUGUGGUCCGUCCUGAUUCUGUUAUUGGAAGUUUACCAAAAGGCCAAGAUAUGAAGUGGGAGAACAAAGUACCGGAACACUUCUGUAGAAAAUAUUUGCGUUUAUCUAGGUUGGACAUUUCUGUAAUAUCUAUGUACCACUCAACGGUGAAUAACCAGUUUUCGUCAUUAGUCAAGAUAUUACUUACAAAAUGUUUGAUUCAGCCUUCGACAUUGCUGGUUGUAGUGUUUUUUACCAUUCUGGUUAGUACCACUGCUCGUCAUUACGUUGCUCCAGAAGACUGUAUUUGGAAAACACUGAAUACUGGUGAAGAUGAGGUGCGGUUAACGUGUAACGUAAUGGCUCUUAAAAGUGGUAAACAAAGUACAAAUUUUAGCUUAAUCCAGAAAGAUCAUACUACGAGUUUACACCUUAUCUGUGAUCAAGUGCUUGUCGAAAGUCAUUUAAGUAACAAAACAUUCAGUAAUCUGCAACACCUAAGAUCUUUAUACAUAGCUCACUGUAAACUUCCUUUUUUACCCAGCCGAGUUUUCCAUGGUUUACACCAACUGAAAAACUUAACUCUUCAUAGCCAUAAUGAUAAGUGGAGCUCAUUUUCCUUAAAAUUAGAACGUGAAAGUUUAUCAUCUCUAAAAAACCUCGAGGUUUUAAAUUUAGGAUUCAAUAAUAUCGCUGAACUUCCAAGGUCUUUGUUUUGUGAGCUGUCCAAUUUGAAAGAACUUAAUCUUACGCAUAAUAGAUUGCAAGAUCUAACUGUUUUAGUGGAGCAGCAACCUAAUAGUUGUGGUAAAGAGCUUACAAAGCUCGAUAUAUCUUUUAAUAAUCUGCAGAAACUCGACAGGAACUCUUUUGCAACAUUUACUAAGCUUAUUGAGAUGAAUCUUCAAAAAAAUCAGUUAUCGCAGAUCGAAGCCGAUACGUUGAAAGAAGUCACAAAUCUUCAGAUUCUUGACUUGUCAAGCAAUCAGUUGGCUAGCGUUCCUCCAAGUUUAUUUCACAAUGUUGGAGAACUGCGAGCCCUAUACCUUCAGAACAACUCUCUUGGAUUGUUGUCUUCUCAACAGUUCAGUGGUUUGCAGCAGAUUUUGGUCUUGAAUCUUAGCAGGAAUGCCAUAUCCAGCGAAUGGGUGACUCCGGAGACGUUAGCUGAUCUUAUCAGACUUGUUGUCCUUGAUAUGAGUCAUAAUCUCCUGGGAUUUAUUAAUUCCUCAACUUUUCAGUCACAGUAUAGUCUACAAAUGCUUUUUCUGAGUCAUAACAGAAUUACAGAGAUAACAGAUAAUGCCUUUGCUUCCUUAUAUAAUCUACAUACACUAGAUCUCAGUUACAAUUUGCUUAAAUACAUUGAUGUUCACACGCUGAAUGGCCUUUACGUUCUCAGUUUUUUGUCUUUAGAAAUGAACCGCAUAGAUAGUAUUCAUUCAGAAGGAAUGAAAAACUGUAGCAACCUUCAAGAUUUGAAGUUAGGCGGAAAUCGUCUAGAUUCAACACCUAAAGCACUGACUAUUUUACAAUUUCUCAAAAGUCUUGAUCUCUCAGAUAAUCUGUUGACUAGUUUAAUGAACGCAACAUUUGUAGGGUUAAAACAGCUAAAUAAGCUUAGUCUUCAGAAGAAUCAGGUUGGGAACCUUACCAGAGGGAUUUUCCGAGAUCUCCCAUCGUUGACAUAUCUGGACCUUUCCAGUAACGUUAUUCAACGGUUAGAGCAUGGAAUGUUAGAAGAAGCACCUAGGAUAGAAGUCUUGCUUUUGAACGACAAUCUUCUCACUGACAUCAAUGGUUUGUUCAUGAAUCUACACAGUCUUCGGUUCUUAAAUGUUUCCCGAAAUCAGAUCAAGUGGUUCGAUUAUGCCCUAAUACCUGCUGAACUAAGAACGUUUGACAUUCAUGACAAUCAGGUGGAUUUUCUAGGCAAUUACUUUGAGUUGGAAUCAGCUUUGAAACUAAAAUACCUUGAUGCUUCGUUCAAUAUCAUUACAGAAGUUAAUCCUGCUUCGUUUCCAAAUAGCAUUCGAUAUUUACGGCUUAACAGUAACAGAAUAAAAGUGAUUCAUCCUUUUGUGUUCAUGGGAAAAGAAAACCUAACUAAUGUUGAUCUGUCAAACAAUUCUCUCCAGGUAGUGGACAUAAACAGUUUUCGUUUGAAUAGCUUUCCCUCAAAUAAGACACUUCCUCAAUUACGUGUGUCUGGUAACCCAUUUUUCUGUGACUGUACCAUGGAGUGGUUGCAGCGAAUUAACAGCUUGCACAAGACAAGACAGUAUCCACGGGUUGAAGACUUAGACAAAGUUAUGUGCCAAUUACCCUUCAAACGGCAGACCAUUUCCAUUAGUCUCUCCAAAACAACACCACAAGAUUUCCUGUGUCAAUAUCAAAGCCAUUGCUUUGCACUGUGUCAUUGCUGUGAGUUUGAUGCUUGUGACUGUGAAAUGGUGUGUCCAGAAAACUGUACAUGCUACUCAGACCAAACUUGGAAUACGAAUAUCGUGGACUGCAGCUCUAGUAGCUAUAAUCGAAUGCCACAGAGAAUCCCAAUGGAUGUGACUGAUCUUUAUCUUGAUGGCACAGACAUGUCUCAUCUCUCGAGUCACUCUUUUAUUGGUCGAAAAAACAUGAAAAUUCUUUAUCUUAACAACAGUAAUAUUCACGUAAUUCAUAACCGGACAUUUAAUGGGCUUUUAAUACUUGAAAUACUUCACUUGGAGCACAACCAGUUGAGUGCUCUUCAAGGCUUUGAAUUCCAGAACCUUAGCAUGUUGCGAGAGCUUCAUUUGUCGCACAAUCAUGUUCGAACAAUUCAUAAUGUAACAUUCGUUCACCUUAUACACUUGGAGUACUUAUUCUUAGACAAUAAUUACAUUACACAUUUUCAGGUGUGGACACUUGAGCUUAAUCCCAAUCUCAAGGUCUUUUCCCUUGGUCAUAACAGUUGGACAUGUGACUGUGACUUUUUGGCUGCGUUUCAGGAUUGGCUAUUCUUACACAGAGAAAAGGUAUAUGAUAUUGCAAGUAUCCGGUGUUAUGAAAAUACCACUGCAGGGCCCUUCAUUUUAACAUUCAACGUUUCUGCUUGUGGAAAUUUAACAACUAUAACGAUUUUCCAAGCUGCCUUCACGGUACAUGAUUACAUGCCUUUCAUAAUUGUGGGCUGUAUUGUAUUUCUAUUUUUAGUGAUAAUAAUGGUGUUACUGUGUAUAUACAGGCAGGAAAUCAAAAUCUGGUUCUAUACCAAAUAUGGCAUUCGACUGUUUCAUAAGAAUCAUUACACGCCAGAAGCUGAGAAGCUUUUCGACGCCUUUGUAUCCUACUGUAAAAAAGACGAAGCUUUUGUGGCACAAAUACUGGCUCCAGAGCUCGAAUGUGCAAGCCCACAGCAGAGAUUAUGUCUGCGUUACCGUGAUCUUCCCAUGGUCGGAUAUGUGGCAGAAGCUAUCACGGAAGCCAUCGAGUGCAGUCACAGAACUGUGGUUGUGCUCUCGGAGCAAUUCCUCAAAAAUGAAUGGUGUCGUUUUGAACUGAAGUCUGCUCAGCACGAAGCUAGGUGUAAUCGACACCAUCGCCUGGUGGUUGUGCUUCUAGACAACACUUCGUUCAAGCACAUGGACGCUGAUACGCGCUCGUGUCUAAGGUCAGCAGUAGUUGUUCGUUGGGGAGAGAAGAGGUUUUGGGAAAAACUGAGGUAUUCUCUUCCGGAUGGACGAGGUAGUAGCAAACACAUCACGUGCCCGGAAACUCAACUAGAGGAGCGUGGCUUGCCCGGAAAUUCUGUAAAACUGGUUUAACUGGUUUUGUGUUUUCAGUAUUUUGCGAAGAUUCAGAACUGGAACGCAUCUGAUGUUUGCAUAUGUGAUAGACAAGAUUUACUAAGUUCAAUAAAUGAUCAUCUGUGAAGACUUAAGAAAUAUAACUUUCGUGAUAAAUUAAUUUCAUACUUUAGAACAUCACUGAAGAGAUGAAAUUAGCACGAAUCACUCGAUAUCGAGUAAAUGUUCAUAUAUUGUAGUUAUUGAUAUUAGUAACUCGUUUAUGCAAUCUUAUUGAAAGGCUAGUAGGUGAUCACAGAUCGAAAAACGGGGUAACUCGAAAACAUCAGGUAGUUAAUUUGAUUUGUCAUAAAAAGAAAUAUUUAUUUAGUAGCAAUUUGACGGUGUAGUUCUGUACUGCUUUCUUCAGAAUACCCCAAUACUAAAAAUCUGAUACUGUUUUUUAUGUAAAACAAGUGAUAUUAUAAAUAAAAUAAUUAACUUUAGUAUACAUUUUGCUUUUAUCAAAUUUACAUUUUUGCGUAUUAUAUGCAUCUCCCAGAUGAAGCCAUAGUAAUCAACACAAACUCUGCCUCUUUCUACCUUGUGAAUUAUCAAAGAUGAUGUAGUUUUAACUUAGUUACUUCUUUCUGAAAAUACACUAUAUUCUUGUUUACGUCUAAGAAUGAUUUAUUUUGUAUGCACAGAAAGUAUGGUUACUUAACAAUAUAUGUUAUGUUCGUUGAAAUUAAGGGGCUGUGAAGCUGUAGAAAACAGUACAAGACCUACUUUUUGUAUAACACGUCUUAUGUGAAUACAGUUGACCAACACACCUUGCUUUAGCUGACCACUGUCCAAUUCUAUGACUUGUAAUUAUUUGGUGAAUAAAUGUUCUACCUAGUGAA